AUGGAUUUGGAUGAUGACAACCUGGAGCGGCUGCUCCGAGUCCUGGACCCCAACCGGCCACCAAAGGCGCCACCAUAUUUCUGGUCUCCACCAGCGGACCCUUACAGGCCCUCGCUGCCCUACAUGCCGGGCUUCAAGGCACAGAUCCAAUCCCAUGUGGCCCCUUCCCCUUUUAGCGAUGGAGAAAUGUACGGCCCUUGGCCGCGGAAGCAGCUGUCCAAUGCCGAGUUGGAGACCGUGACGCAGAGCGCUCUCGUCAUGUCACACCCACCACUAGAGGCAACGACAGCGCUAUCCGACACAGAGAUCCCGUUGGAGACGGCCCAGUUUACUAUUACCUCGCAUAUCAGCGUCGGCUGCGAGGCUGGCGCCCAGGUCGUCGUCUGCACCGUCGCGAAGGAUGGCAAGUCGCCUUUCGAGGCUGUCGCCAAGAUUUUUGACGCGCUCUACUAUCGCUUCAGCCACAGCAUAGCUUCGCGGCCGCGCGAUGUCACGGCUGAGGCGGAUAAGGACUACGCCGCUGAAGCCGCUGCGUACGAACGCCUUACCAGCGUCGGUAGAGCAAGCAAGGUUACUCCGACAUACUACGGGUCAUGGACAUUCAACCUACCUAUUUUGAGCAUGGGUGUACAACAGAUGAGGCCAAUUCAUGACGGCCCAGACUCGUUUCACCUGUCCGAGGACUAUUGUCUUGAAGUACUCGCACACGCCAUGAACGCCUACGUGCGUGUACUGCACUGUGGCGUUGAGCAAAACGAUUUCGCCUCGCGUAAUUUUCUAGUCUGUCCUAAGGAUACUAACAUUAAUGCGGACAUCACUGGUACCAGUAUGCCUCGCGUUACUCUCAUCGACUAUAACACGGCGAUUGUUUACAGCCGUACCCGCUACGGGACGAGUAUGGAGGAGACUUUAGCUUUGCCUGUGAACCCUAUGCAGUGGUUCUGGAAACAAGCUGUGGGUGGAGAUUUUCCCGGCUGGGUGCCACGAGACUGGGAGGGCUCUCGAAAGCCAAUGCAGGAGUGGCUUGUGCAGACAUUUGGCAGUGAGGAACAGCGGGCGUUGUAUGAACCUGUCGCCAAGGAGCUCAAGUUCGAUGAAUGGUAA